AUGAUGUGGCGUCUGGCUGUCACUUUCUUGUUAAAAAUGGAGGACCACAAGCCAGAGGAAUACGUCGAGCUGAGAGUGGAUGAUAAGACCACCAUGAAGGUAGAGGAGCACUUUGAUGUUCUAGACGAGAACGGGAACCUCACUGGCAAGACAAAGGCCAGGAGCGCCGUCCACCGCGACGGCGACUUCCACCGGGCAGUCCAUGUGUGGAUCUUUGCAGAGAGCACGAAGGAGCUGCUUCUACAAAAGCGGUCCGACGACAAAGACUCUUGGGCGGGGCUGUGGGACAUCUCGAGCGCGGGGCACAUCUCCGCAGGGGACGCAUCGCUCAACUCUGCCAGAAGAGAACUGGCGGAGGAGCUCGGAGUUACGCUGCCGGCCGAGGCGUUCGAGUUUCUGUUCGUCUACCUGCAGCAGUCGGUCACCAACGAAGGCACGUUCGUGAACAACGAGUACAACGAUGUGUACCUCAUCACCACCGCAGACCCCAUCCCUCUCGAGGCGUUCGAACUCCAGGAGUCUGAAGUGUCUGCAGUCAAGUACAUGCCUUACAGGGAGUACAUCGAGGCGCUGAGAAAGGGUGACCCUGCUUACGUGGACUAUGAGACGGACGGGCCUUACGGGAAGUUUUUCCAGACCCUGGCCGAGAGGUACGAUGGCGAUGCCGUCAAGAGAGAAGAGAAGUUGAAGAAGCAGGUGGCUAGAUACGUCCCGGUCAAGCUGACAGCCGAGAUGGGUCAGUUAAGCAAAGGGGACAAGACUGCUUUGGAGAAGAUCGUCGAAGCGGCGCACCAAAUGGACAGCAUCUUCUUGGAACAGCUUUGGGGAACCAACCCAGCUCUCAAGAAACAUCUGAUGGACACGGCCAGCAAGGAAGGGGCGACGUCUUUUGACAAGUUGAAGCUUGUGUACUAUCUCAUCAACAAAGGGCCCUGGUCCUUGUUAGACGACGGCGAGGCCUUCCUCUCGUCCGCAGACAGCGCUCUCGUUCUCGCCCCCGACGCGGUUAAGAAGGUUCCCGGGUUUGAGGGCCUCAGAUACCGGGCCGCCUUUCCCGCGACCAAGCCGCCCGGUUCCAACUUUUACCCGGCGGACAUGUCGAAGCAAGAGUUUGAGGAGUGGAAGGAGUCGCACUGCAUGGAGAAGGUAGCUGAGGCUACGGGGUUCUUCACUGUCAUCAGAAGGCCGUCUGACGUCACAGAUGCAACGCACUCGCCCGCGUCGACGUCAGGCGACCGUGACCUGCGCGUCAUUCCGUACAGUAAGCAGUACAACGCCGGUCUACAAAUAGCGGUCAAGAAACUUCUAGAAGCGGCGCAGGUGGCGGAAAACCCCAGUCUUCAAAAGUACUUGAAAGCUCGGGCGGCUGCCUUCCUGUCAAACGACUACUACGAGGCUGACGUAGCGUGGAUGGAUCUAAAUUCGCCCGUCGACGUUACCAUGGGCCCCUACGAAACGUAUAAGGACGGGCUGUUUGGCUACAAGGCAACCUUCGAGGCGUACAUAGGGAUCAAGGACGAGGACGCGACUGAAAAAGUGGAGCUCUUCGGUCAUCACUUGCAGGAGCUCGAGAAUCAUCUACCGAUGGACGACAAGCACAAGAAGAAGGGAGUCACCGCGGCGCCCAUCCGGGUCAUCCAGCUGGCGUUCAACUCCGGGGACGUGGGCGGCGCGCAGACAUUGGCGUUCAAUCUGCCCAACGACGAGCGGAUCAAGAAGGAGCGGGGGACGGCCAUGGUCAUGAUGAAGAACGUGAAUCAGGCCAAGUUCGAUAGCAUCCUACUCCCGAUCGCCAAAGUGCUCAUCGACCCGUCACAGCAGUCGUUGGUGGACUUUGACUCCUUCUUCACUCAUACGCUCUGCCACGAGUGCUGCCACGGCAUCGGACCGUCCAACAUCACACUGCCGGAUGGUACCGCGACCACCGUCCGAAAGGAGCUUCAAGAGCUGUACUCGCCGCUCGAGGAGGCCAAGGCUGACAUUGUGGGACUUUGGGCGCUUCAUUACCUGCUAGACAAGGGUUUCUUACCAGCGUCUCUGGAACAGUCCAUGUACGUUGCUUUCCUGGCGGGGUGCUUCCGAUCCGUACGGUUCGGACUGGCAGAGGCGCACGGGUGGGGCCAGGCGGUCCAGUUCAACUUCUUGCUUGAGAAGGGCGGCUUUAAGAGCAAUAACGACGGCACCUUCUGGGUAGACUUCGGCAAGGUUCGACAAGCUGUGGAAGAUCUGGGCCACGUCAUCCUGACGUUGCAAGCGAACGGGGACAAGGAGGGGGGCCGAUCCUUGCUGGCGAAGUACGGGGUAUUAACACCGGAGCUUGGCGGGGCGCUAGAGCGACUGAAGGCUGUCGAGGUGCCCAUAGACAUUGCUCCGUAUUUCGAUUUGCCUUAA